ACCUGCGGCAGGGAGGAAGCGGGUGACUCCGGGGCUGCCCCUGGCGGCGGUGGGGGUGGGUGUACUCGGGACAGAGGAGGAAGGGACAGCUUUGUUUACGAGUCUGGUGAAAGUUACUGAGAAGAGGAAAGGUGUGACUUCACAGAGUACAGUGAUCUUACAGAGAAAUACUUCUUUGAACAAUGGUUUCAGAUGCUCCAGAAAUAUUGGUCUUCUGAUGGGAGAGUCCGGCAAGGAGUGACUCUUGGCAUGGCCGUGACUUAUGCUUUUGUUGAUGGAGGAAAAGCUCCUAAGGUCUGUUGGGCAGGACACGUCCUCUCCCUCUGGUGUUAUAGUUCAGUGAAAAUUAUUUGGAAUAUAUUCAAAUAUUUGUCUGUUGUUUCCUGCAUGGUGAGGAUAUAGUACAUAUACAUACACACAUACAUAUCUAUAAAAAAAACAGGACUAAACUGUUUGGUGAACUUCUGGGGUAAAUCAUCCAAAGAUGCAUUACAACACUUCUCAAACAAGAAGCAAUAAGACCUAGAAAUAGUCAAAUAGGUCAAAACCAAACAAAAAAAAAUCAUAAAAUAGAAAAUCAAGUGAGACAUUCCACAGGUUAAUCAAAACCAACAAACAUAAUACAUAUUCUCUCUCAAAUGGAAAUGCAAUGUAUAGUCAAGGACAUUAAAGGCAAGAUGGUUCCAUACAAUUACAAGUGAAAAGUUCAUGCCCCACCACAGAGCUAACUCAGGAGAUGGCAGCGCCGGCUAGCAGGUCAACAACGCAAAAAAGGAGCUGUGGCGCCGACACGGGCGGAGCGGCGUGGCGCGGCGCGGCGCGGCACGGCACACUUCGCCACAAGCGCCUGGGGUUGCAAGCAGCUCAAUUUGGCUUGGAGCAAAAAUAAGCGAAAUCAGUAAAAAAUGUAAGCGCUCAAACAACCUUGUCCGGACAGAUCAUGGUUAUUUCUUUCUCUUUUUUUUUUGUGUCAGUGAAAAAAAAAAAAAACCUUUCUCUUCAGACUGAAAAAUUGUGCCUGAUGUUGUGCUUAUUUACUUAUUCUCUUAAUUCUGACUUGAAGAAAAUUUAUCACAACGAGGAAAGAAAACACAGGAAUGCCGUGCACCUCUGAGGGAAAAAGCAUCAGGUACACAGUUUUGACAAGGCAUUUACGUUAAGCAUUGAACAAAACCCAAUGAACAAUUCUUGGACUCCCACUCUUAUGCAGCCGUCAUGCGCAACCCAUUACUCUAGCCCGCAUGACUGCUGGGUGGCGCCCCACUGACUGCUGCCCUCCAGAAAACACAAGAUCAGGCGUGCAUAGGAUGACACUGUUUUGCUCUGAGGUCCACCAUCUCUUUCUCGCAAUGUGGUGCUUCCAAAGAGAGACGUGGCGAUGCUUCUCUCGCUGCACCACGCCACGUCACACAACUACCAGUCACAUUGCAGCAAACCAGUGUUGUGAAGUCAAUUGGGUCACUGGGAUGGACAGAAUUCAAGAGCGUGAACCUCGACCGUUACGUUUCCUUCUACAGGAUUCCCGGACAAGGACUCUGGUAGUCCACUUCCUCAGCAGUGGAGGCUGUGUGGAACAUCUGACAAGCUCACAUCAGGAGUGUGGCGACAGGAGGGCGUGUCCCCCCACCUCGGCCACAUACCCCACCCCACCCUGCCCAUCGUGCCCUCCCCUGGCCAGUGUCACUGUGCCGCCACUCUCAAGGCCCUGCGAGUCUCAGUUCGCACUCUGCUGGUCAUUUUCUGAGUGACGUCUGCCUCGGAAUGUUUGGCUGCGAGUUGCUUGUUGCUGAGAGAGUGUCUGGUGCUUGCUCUCGGGGUGUGACGGGGAUGGUGUUGUCACUGGUGUGCAGCAACUAAACUAUCACAGGAACAAAGCAGUACUCAUCCUACAACUGCCUAGAACUAAGUGUAUUACAGUACUUUAUGAGUUGACUCAAAAUCCAUGCAUGGAACAGCAACCCCCAUGCACGCCUACAGACUCUUCGCACAAUGACAGUACGUUUAGUUAAAAAAAUGAUGUAGAGCAUGAUAAUAAUAAAUCAGAUAACCAACAGAAACAAACGUCUGCCACUGUACAAUAUAUUACA